AUGGCGGAGCGAGAUCUCUCUCCGGACUCGACAUCGUCGACGCUGUCCAACAUCACCGUCCAGACGGACAAGCAGGCCGACGUCCGGGCCAUGUCUAGCGCAUCGCCCUCCAGCUCGACGCCUCCCACGAGUCUUGACGACGGAGCCAGCGUCCUCUCCGAGAUCACUAAGGUAGAACAGACGGUCGAAGUCCACGAGGAAGCUCCACUUCCGACGCCCUCUGGAGGGACACCUGGCCCGGCACACUCCACCCCGGUCGCACCCGUCAGCGAAAGCCGGAGACCGGCCAGGAGCUCGCGCAAAUCCGUUACGACCUACAACGUGCAGAUUCUCGCCGGUACGGCCAUCCACACACCGACAAAAUACCUCGAGAAACAUCAUAAGAAUGUUGUGCAUGGUUCUCUGGACGCCCUUGCUCUCCAGGAGAGGGUCACAUCUGCAAAGAAGAAGAAGAAAUCAAAGCCACUCAAAUCUGAGCAGGCUGACGCCAAUGACCCGGCCGAGGAGCAGCUUGCCACAGAAACAGCCCAGGCCGCACGUCGUCGCACCUCCUCGAGAGUCACCGACCUUCGCAGGGAUGUCCUGCGCAACCAGUCUAGCAUUGUCGAUGCUAGCCCCUCAACUGCGUCAGACCAGCGAACAUCACUUCACACCAGCCUUCGCAAAAGUGCUUCGAAAUCUCACUUAAAAUCUAGUCAAGUCUCGACGUCGGCGCUGCCACUGAAACGUCAGCGAGAGGAUACCGACGCUGAGCCCAACGCUCUGAGGGACCCACUAGAAGAGAAAGGACACCUCAAACCAAAGAUGAAGGUCUGGCUCAAACAGGGCCUCUAUGUCGGGCAACAUCGUGACUUUGACCCUCGCCUCUCAGAAAGCCAGAAUCGUGCCAAGAAGAAGACAAAGAAGGCGAAAGACAACCAUGCUGCUCUUCCACUCCCCAUUUUUGCUUGCGAUCGUCUCUUGAACGAGGACCCUCGACAUGUGUUUCGGGACUUCAAGUUACCUUUCGACGUUUACAGCCCAUUACCAAGAAAAGUCAAAGUGGAUGGGUGGGUCAAACUAAAUAAGAAUAGAUUCAUCGGCGAUGCUAGGGAAUUCUGGAAGCCCGACAAGCAAGACUCGUCCCAGUGCUACUGUGGUCCUGAGGAUGGUUGUGGAGAAGCAUGCCACAAUCGAAUUAUGGCGUACGAAUGCGACAGCACAAAUUGCCGACUUUCUCCGGAGCAGUGCGGUAAUCGUCCAUUCGCGGAGCUCAAACGACGAGCCAAAGGAAAUCGGUACGACUAUGGUGUUGAGGUUGUAGACACUCAUGACCGUGGCUUUGGUGUAAGAGCUAUGCGUACGUUCGAGCCACAUCAGAUUAUAGUAGAAUACGCCGGCGAAAUCAUCACUCAGUGGGAAUGCGAACGGCGGAUGAAGCAAGUCUACAAGAAAGACAAGUGCUACUACCUGAUGAGUUUUGAUAACAAAAUGAUCAUCGACGCAACUCGUGGUACGAUCGCACGCUUUGUGAACCACUCCUGCGAGCCCAAUUGCGAGAUGAUCAAAUGGACGGUUGGUGGGGAGCCUCGCAUGGCAUUAUUCGCCGGCUCUCGUGGGGUCAUGACGGGAGAUGAACUGACAUAUGACUAUAACUUUGACCCCUUCUCGCAGAAGAACAUUCAAGUGUGCCGCUGUGGAACGGAGUCUUGUCGCGGUGUACUCGGGCCGAAGCCAAAGAAACCCAUUGAAGAGAAGUCGAUAAUACCUGUCUCCCUUGCAGGCGGCAAACGCAAAUUCUCGGAUGUCACGCGUGUUGGUAAAGCAGGUUCGAGGAGCAGCCAAAGUUCUCUUCUGAAAAAGCGAAAACUUAAUACUACAAGUACCAUUACGAUGAAAACACAAAAUGCGGUUAUUCGAUCCACGGCUGCUCGCGAGCGGGCUGAGAAAGACGCAAGCGAGCAUUCACGCCAGGUUGCUUCUCGCGAAAGCCGUGCACUAAUGCGCUCUGCUUCAGAAAACCCAAUUCAUCAUGCACGUUCCGCCAAAUUGCCAAGGAAAAAGUCAUGUGUGGUAGGACCUAAAGUUGGCUUCUUACGACGGGCACCAAAGGCAGGUGUCUCAAGAACCGUAAGAAGUUCUUCCACUCGGCAGUCGUCAUCACGUGUUACGACUUCAACCCUCGCUACUAGGAAUACCCGCAAAGCCACGCAGCGGCCAAGCACUCCAACACAAAUUACAGGUGCUGAUUCUUCUAUGUUGGAUGAAGAGGCAUCGCCUAAUAUCACACCUGCCUCUCUUCGUAGUGCUUCGAAGAAAUUUGCGCAGUCAAGUCCCAUGCACAUGCCGCAUUCUCGAGUACAAACGACUAGUCAGGGCGAUGGUUCUGCCAUGCGUGUACUGACUAAAGUUGGAACGGAAGUUGAAGACAUCGUCAUUAUGCGGAACAUUCACCAGCAUACGACUUCGAUUGCAGAUACCAAGUCUUUUCUAACGAACAGGACACGCAGUGUACGAGGAAGUUCGCUUCAUAGUGCUCGAAGGUGUACUGAUAGAUGCCAAUGUCAAUGCUUCAAUAAUUUACCUGGGGCGGAAAGCAAGCGUGGACCCAGAUGUAGUAACGUCAUCUUGCACUGGAAGUGCAUCAUCAUCCCACGCGAAUAA